UAUUUAAUUAUUAUUCGCAAUUUUUGCUUUCUGGUAAAGCAGGAAAAAAAGAAUAAAAAAGAAAAAAGAAAAAAAAGAAAAGCACUUCCUUUUGUUAAGCAACCAUAAGGCACCACUAGCUCCGUCUAGUAAAUUAGUAAAUCACGGAACUUUGCUAAUGGCGUACCGGACCGGUCGAACCGGACGGAGCUUCCUAGCACGCAACGAUGAUCGCCGUCUCAAAUACGUGUUUGACGCUGGAUUCUUAUCUCUCGAUCUCGACGAUGACGGCGACGAUUCCAACUCUUCUUUGAGUUCUGACUCGGAGAGUGACGACUCGGAUGCUGAGUCAACACGAUGGGCCGAUGUUGCGGCGAGCUUCCGCGUGUUCUCCGAUUCGCUGCUUAGAAUGGAGCGAGCCGAGUCCGAGAUGGCGAAGGCGAGGGAGGCUCUGCGGCUGGAAGCGGAGAAGCGACGAGCUGAAUUGGAAGCGGAGCUGACUCAGAUGGUGUUGCGGACUCAGUUGCAGAUGGCGUCGUACGUUUCAAGGCAGAGUCAGAGCCGAAAGAGGAAGCGAGUUGAAGAAGACGAGAGGACGACACCACCGGUACUGUCUCAAAGGGAAGGAUCUUUGGUUUCAAGUGUACUCCAAUGCAAUUUGCUAUUUUGAGAAUCAUUUUUCCACAUAAAUAUUUUGGGGACUUCUUGUGUUUGCAGACUUGGAAUAAAAGUACAUGAAGAUAAAAGAAAAGCCAUGCCAUUAAGUUGGUUUGUAAUGGGUCGAGAUUGUGAUUUUACUGAUAAAGAAACUGAGUGAAAACCGAGCAGAGAAAUGAAAAAAAAAAUAAAAAAUAAAAAAUAAAAAUAAAAAAAAAAAUUAGGCAAGGUUUUUUUUAUUAUGUUUUUUAAUUUUCAUUCGGAAAUGUUAUCUUUCCUAUUUUGUAAGAAUCUGAUAUGCAACUAAAGUGAAUGCCAACUGCCAAGAGCCAAGAUGUUGUGGCUUAGCAGAUAACAUUUACUUCAUUCUCUACAAUGUGUAACUUCCUAAUGAUACUACCAUUAAAUAAGAAAACUAGAAAGGCAUGCAUUGAUCCGCU